GGUUUUGGCAGUUCAAGUACUUCCGUCAGGAGUGAAAACAUUGCCUGACGUUUUCGCGACGGUGAAAUCGUCAAAUUAUGUGCUAGAUUCUUGUUUGCAGGAACUGGAACUAGUCAAACUAUGGUGUUCGGUGUGUAGGCUAUGUCUGUGUGCUAAGAAGAACAAAAUUCAUUCCAUGGAUGUGAUGGAAUGAGUCGUGUCAAAAUGACCCUCCUGUGAGGAUGAUACCCGAUUGCGUGAUACAUUUUGGUCGCAUAUUGUGUUACCUUGUCCUGCUAGACACAAUGGGUGUAGAGAUGUUUCUGUGUACGCGUAGCCUGCCUCAGCCCUCUUUUAAGGAUAAUUUAUUCCUCUAGAUAUAUCGUCAUCACGCCAUGUUUAUUCUGCAUUGCUAAAUAUAUACCUGUGGCCUAUGCCCUUCUUGCCCAUGAAGUACCCCGACUAUCGGCUUUCCAUGGAGCCCAGGCUGUGUGCGAGCGCCGUGCAGUGCUGGUUCCGUCAGGAACUGGAGCGGCACGGUGUCGACUCUCUUGUCUACGCUAGAUACAUCAUUAGCCUUCUACUACAGGAUGACGAGGACCUGGAAGACCUAGAUUUUGACCUUGAGGCUCCUUGCAGACAUAAACGCAAGGGUCGUAGGUCAAUGGAGAAGCAGAGGUCACAGUCUGCAAGUGAGGAACGCAAAAAACUAGCCGCCGUUCAAUGCUUGACUGCAGUCAGUGACGAGAAGUCUGGCAUUGCCACGCUGGUGGAUGAACUCUGCUCCAAGCUUAAGGACGGUGAGAUACAUGCCUCUGCCAGUCCAGUUUCCAAGUCCCGAUCCUGCACGUGUGAGGACAGUGAUGACAGUUCUGUGGAGCUCAAAAAUCCUGCUCAAAGAUACUACGCAGCGUUUCCAGCCUUGCAGGGAGGGACGGUCUCCUCUGGGAACCCGUCCCCCUCGAGCACUGUCUGGCGUAUUAACCCUCUAGUCUACAAGAGUCAAGCCCGAACACAGUCCGACGAGGAGGCCCUUAGUGCGAGCGAAGAAGCUGAAAUCCGUAAGAUUACUAAGCCUGUUGCGAUUCCUGCUGCGAAAGAACAGAAGCACAAGAAAAGUCACAGCAGAUCCUAUAGGGAGAACUGGAGUCGUAGUAACAGCAAGAGUCAAAAGGAUAAGUCUCGAUCGACAGGCGGAAGUCGGAACGGUAAACCUUCCCAGAAGGAGCAUUGGAAACCGCAGGAGUUUCCAAUAUGGCCACCAGGUUUUGCUAAACUGGAUCCUGUAAUUUUGCAGAAUUUGGAUAUCCUGGAUGAAGAUUUUGUCUUCAUUUCAGACUAUCCCAUACGACAGAACGACGAGCUUUGCAACAGAGUGGAAUCCCUUCUCAAAGGAAUGCUUCUGCCUACUCCAGUGAAAUCGUACAAAGAUUUGCAAGAUGUUGAUGAAUUUCCGAUUCCGAUUGAAGAAUUGCAUACUUCAAAGAAACAACUCAAGGAUGAUGAAAAACCUAAACCGAACGUAAACAACAACACCUUGACGAACAACAGUAAAAAUUCGAGAUCAAAUUUGGAGACAGAAACUUUGUUUAGAGAUCAGAACAUCAGUCCUGAACUAAAGGAGCAAGAAAUCUGGUACACUCAGCCUAUAGGUGCCAUAUUGACCACUGAAGAGGAACAGAUGGGGAACACCCACUCCAAACUUCGACUUUACAAACGGAACAGCAAUCCAGCUUUUUCGCCCGCUGUCGAAGAGGAGCAUGUUUCAAACAUCAACUCAGCGUCAAGCUCUGUUGCUAGCCCUGUCAGCGAGCAUUCUAGAAGCUUGAGUGUCACUUCAAAUCACAGCGAUGACAUCUUCGACAGGUCAGUCCUCAUUCCAGAUUGGCUGACCCAAGUGAUUUCUGCAGGUGAGAGCAAGUCUGAACAUGAUGGCGAUGAUGCAAAUUUUCAAAUCCUCCCUUUCAAGUCUUCAAGUCCUUUUCUUUCUGAAUCUUCAACGCUUGAUAACUAUGAAUCCUCAGUUUUCAAUGAAAACAACUUUGCCACCUACCAGACAAUAUGGGCAGAUCACGAUAAUGCUGAUAACGAUCAUCUGCAUACUCUGCAAUCUUUAUCAAUGGAUGGUAGCCAAGAUGUUUGUUUGCUGGACUCACAUGAAGAUACCAACACUCCAACCCCUGUAGACAGUUCUGACAAUCCAGGUGAGAAUACUGUGUCAGUCUCUUUGGUCGAUAUGGACUACAUGGCAAGAUUCCUUGACAGCUCAACUCCAAGCUGGCAAUCUGUCACACCUGACGAAGGUUUAGAAAUCGCAAACAUGCCAAGACGAGCAAGUAUAAACACUUACUGGCAGAAUCAGGUUUUAUUCGACAGCUCUCCGGACAACGCAGAUCUAGAAGAGGUCUUCUGGAAACCCGUUUUAAGCAUUUACGACCUUUUAUGUUGGCAGCCCUUUGGUACCAGCCCUUAUUUUCAGCUUUGGGACGUGAAUAUUCAAAAACGUAAUAAGGUCUCACCUUGGGGAAGUCUAAACUGCGAUGGCCCAGCAUUGCUCCGAGAGAACACUUUAAUUUUCUUGCAAAACUCUGACACUGAAAGCGCGUUCAAUGAGCAGAAUGAAAACACUCUGAUUCCGAGGAUUUCUAUUGACAUCGUGUCCGACGCUGAUACAGACGGGUCCUCUUUCAUGGAGAAGGACGAAUGUGAUACAGAGUACUGCCAGCCAUUCCAGUUCUUUGACCGCAGUGUGUCCAUGGGGGAUGUCCCAUCUCUGUGGGAGGAAGGGGAUCACGCAACCAAGAGGGCCAAUCCAAAGUUGUCCAAGAGCUUUGAGCUGGUACCCUCUGAACACUCGGCCUUUAAAGAUGUGCCUCAAAGGCUGUUACACGUUCAAAGCGAGCCAAAUUUGGUGCAGUUUCGCCAAGACUUAAUUGAUGAUGCCCAGGGUUAUACUAGUUCGCCUCAAGAACAUUUAUACUUCUCUCCAAAGACGCAUUUCCGUCCAAUAACGCCAGUGCAUGUCCCAGAGGCAGUGUGUACGAGACCCAAACAGCAGCUUUGUAACGAUCUGUUCGGAGGUUUGCCUUCAACAAAGACUCCGUACCAGCAAUACCACGUCGCCGAUGACAUCGAAGACGAAGAAGCCUUCGUGCCUAGUUUCAAGUUGAAGAAUUACAGUAAGAGUAUUCAGACAGGGGAAAGCUUGGAAAAAUCGGAAAGUCCAGUGGCAAAGGAUGUCUGGGAAUCAGAGCAGGAUAGGGAUACACCAGAAAAUCUUACGUUGAGUAUAAUCGAAGACUUAAUGGGCGAGAAACUGGGGGCUGAAAAGUUCCUCCCGAUUUGUGAGGACCUGGAUACAGCCAACACAGACUCUGCUUACGAAACGGACUAUGGCUGCCCUCAGUGCUUUGAUCCUGAAUCUGAUGGGCUAAACAAUAUGCGGCCUCGGUGUACUGCUAAUGAGGCUGAGGCUGUGUUUUAUCAUCACAGUAAGCAAAACAGUGGGGAUGGGUCCUGUUCAGAUAACGGCUAUCUUGGGGACGUCGCGGAUUUCAGAGUGGAAAGCUUCAUGGCCACUUUCCCCCACACCCAAGACUGGCCGGAUGGACAGAAAAGCGGGGCUCAUCAGUCGAUAGAUGCCAUAUGGACAGAUGCUCCCAUCGAGAGUUCUGCUGCAACCUGGUGCCAUCAUCUUGGUAAGCCGGAAGAAGGGCCAGAGACGCAGUUUGUCGGGCAUGCCUGGUCUCAUCAAGGGAAGCCAGAUGAAGGGUCGGAGACGCAGUUCAUCGGGCAUGAGUCGGAAGCGGAUAAAUACAGGAACAUCUGGGGCACGACGGGCCAUGAAUACUUGUCUGUAGGUAUUGAAAUGGAUUCCACUGCGCAGAGCUAUUGCAAGUACGCUGAAGAUGAGGAAUACGACAAUGUGCCCCCCUGCAAUACUGUGUACAGCCAGAUAUACUUUGAGAACCUUGCCAGAGAGGGAGAUUUGAACUGUAUGCAACAGGCCUUGGACGUCUCUGCAGUCCCAGCUGAUGAUGAAGAGGUUGAAAUAGUGUUGCCAUGUGGGCUUGUAGAAGUUUGUGGCAAUGGCCAUGCUAGUUUUCUGGAGGUUGUUGACGUUGCAGAACGAAGCGAUGAAGAAGUGAGCUCUGCUGCGGACCCUGAUUUCUUCAGUGUAAAGCUGGUACAUAAGAACAAGAUGUCUGACCAUCAACCAAAGCUUUCUGAACAGGACAAGCAGUCAUACGGUUCCUUUGACUUGGCCCCAAUGCCGGACGAUGCCGUGACCUUGACUGAUCUGGAAAAGGAAUGGCUGGAUCCCAGCUUUCACGCCCUCUGGAAGUCCAGGAAACCAUCCAGCACUCAACGUAAGCCAUGCAGUUUCUACCUGGAGGGCAACUGUCGCCGUGCGGACUGCAAGUUUGCCCAUGAUAUCUCCAACAUCACGUGCAGAUUCUGGGAGGAAGGACUCUGCUUCAAGGGUCCUCUUUGCCCCUUCUUGCACGGAUAUGCAAGGGAAUCAAGUCCUCUGUGUGAUGACCUAGUGACCUCAGAACGUGACCUUGACAGAGCCAACUUUGACCUCAACAAUGAUGAAUUCCCUGAAUUGUCACUAACUGUCAAGAACAUGAAUGGAACGGUGUGCCACCACAAGAAGUUGUUGAAGCCUAGCAAGGCGCAGAAUCUCAGAGGUGUCGGGCAACGGGACAACAAAGGUCGCCGCGGUAAUAACCGUCGGCAUAGCAACAAGGAAAACAGGUGUGAGAUUACAGUGGUGGACAAAUGUAGCAGCAGCAUCUAGGCUAACAAAUAUAUGAAUCUGAUGUAACAAAUAUAUGAAAAAAACACUUGUAAUACUGUCAAAUAUUGUAAUGUGUAGUACAUAUGUGUCUUGUUCUUAGAAAACUGGGCUAAAUUCAUUUGCAUAAAGUGUUGUCCCAGAUUAGCCUGUGCAGUCCGCACAGGCUAAUCAGGGACGACACUUUCCGCUUUAAUGGUAUUUUUAGUUUCAAGGAAGUCCCUCCUUACUGAAAAUCAAGUUUAGGCGGAAAGUGUCGUCCCUGAUUAGCCUCUGCGGACUGCACAGGCUAAUCUGGGACGACACUUCACGCACAUGAAUUAAGCCCAGUUUUCUCAGAACACGACUCAUAUUAUAAAAGAGCAUCCCUCUGGGAAAACAGGGUUAAAUGCAUGUUCUUAAAGUGUCAUCCCAGAUUAGCAUUUGCAGUACAACUUUUUAUGCCCCCGGAUCGAAAGAAAGUUGGUAUAUUGUUUUUGGCCUGUCUAUCUGUCAUUGUGUCAGUCAGUCAGUCAGUCAGUCAGUAAGUCAUUGUAUGUGUGUGUCACACAACUUUUACCAAGGUUAAAGUUUUGCAAUAACUUUUGCAAUAUUGAAGAUAGCAACUUGAUAUUUGGCAUGCAUGUGUAUCUCAUGGAGCUGCACAUUUUGAGUGGUGAAAGGUCAAGGUCAUCCUUCAAGGUCAAAGGUCAAAUGUAUGGCUUCAAAGCGGCGCAAUAGGGCGCAUUGUGUUUCUGACAAACACAUCUCUUGUUUGUUAAGAAGUGACUUUCUUUAAAUGAAAAAUAUAAUGAAAGGGAAAGACGACACUAUAAGCAUGGGCAUUAAACCCCGUUUUCACAGAGCGAAACUCAGAUAUAAUGUUUAAUACGUAUUACAUCAUUUCAUGCUAUUGCAAGAUUUUUUUUUUUAACUUAUGGUUUGACUAUUAGUACAUGUUGUGUUGCUCUUGGUUGCUGCUAUGUGACCUCACUUGAUUUUGGUUUUGUGAGAAACAUUGACGAUUCGUUAAUGUUGACCCGUUAUUGUUGACCGUUUGUUGUUCAAAUUAGAUGUUACUGUUAGAAGUAUUGAUGUUAAGUUAGUGUAGCAAUGUGAUUGGCACUUGCAUUGAUGUCAUCAUUAAUUUGUGUUGUUUAAUUAUUAUUGUGCAUGUGUAUAUUAUUGAAUCCAGUUUCAUAAGUUGACAUCAAUAAUGCAAAAUAGGGACAUCAAGGAACUUGAAGCGUUUUUAAAACAAUUUUUAAGUAGUUAUGACUUGUGUUUUUGGAGUGAAAUGCUACUGAUUUCAAUGUAUGAUUUUGUUGUCCAUGAUUCAUACUUAGUUAAAUGUCCUGUAUUAUGUGUUUCUGCCCACAAAACAUGAACUUGUAGCAUAACUGAGUUUUGAGAAUAGGCUUAAAUUGUAUGCAUAGAAAUUCUUGUUAAAGUAGAUUUAUUUCAGUGUAAAACUGGAGGAAACUGUUACAUUUUUUUCAAUUUCUAUUGUUUUAGAUAUCUGAUCGGCAAGAGAUUGUUAUCAAAUUAGAAAAAACACAUCAACAACUUCAAUAUUUACCUUUUGUUUGAGAUUUAAGGAAGUAUAUUUGUGCUAUUUGUGUAAAAUUGAGCACUAACCAUUAAUUUAUUUGAAUUGUGCAGUGUGCAUGACAAAUAUUAAUUGAGACUGAACCUUAGUUUGUGCUAUGGUUCAUUUGUCAGUUUUCGCAAUCUGUUUGUGUGUGCAUAAAAAAUUUAAACCCAUACAUUUUUGAGGGCAGGCAAUGCUCUUUAAACUGUUUCAUUUAUCAUUGUGUCAUUUAUCAAGCCAUUGAAUGUUAAUUUUUAGUCUAGUUACUAUUUAUUACAAACAUUGUUAAUUGAUUGUUAUUAAUGUAUGAUUUUAUGAAACCUCAUUAUGAAACCUUGAAAGGUUUCAUUUAUUGACCUCUUCCUGCAUGAUUUUCUUUCUUCUAUAUGUACAAAUUAAAGAGAUUUUGCUUGUUAAUCUUCAUGAUUUAACAGUUUGCCAUAUACGGAUGUGUGUUUGACUUGUGUUUAACGGGAAAUAUUGGUAGCAUGUAUAGCUAAAACAAUUAUAUAAUAUUUUUUAUUUGUCUUGAUUAUUUUAGUUUUAAAAAAAUGAGAAAGAAUGUUCUGGAUUGUUUGGAUAUCCUUUAAGAUGUCUCAGUGAAAAGAAAAAGAGAUCUAAUAUCAAAAUGUGAUGCUCAUGAAAAUUUUGUUUUUACGAAAAAAGUUUUUCGAGGUUGGAACUUUUCAUUCCACAGAUAAGGAUAUUCAACUUAUAUCAAAUGAUUAUGAAAAUUGAAGCUGUAAAAUAAAUAAAGAAUUUUGCAAUAUAAAAGAGAUCUGAUUGUUAGUUUUCAUUAUUUGUUGGAAAAAACUAUCGUAUUUUUAAUUGUGUUUAUCCACUGGUGUAGCUAAGAGUGUAUUUUCAGUAACAGCAGUGACUUGAAUCUGUGCUGUGGAAUUUAUAUGAGCCUUAUUCUGGGGAAAGUGGGCUUAAUGCAUGUGCUUAAAGUGUUGUCCCAGAUUAGCCUGCGCAGGUUGCAAUUAGGGACUAAACUGGGUUUUAGUUGUGAAGAGACUUCCUUCUAAAGAAAAAUUUCAAAAAAGUAGAUAGUGUCAUCACUAAUUGGUGUGUGCAGACUGCAUUUAGCUCAGUUUUGCCAGGUCAAGGAUCUUUUUUAAUGCAGCUCCCAUACAUGAAGACUGUGUCAUUUUUUUCGUUUGCUUUUCUUUUUUAAGCCAGAACAUUAGUUUUGUAUAAAAAUGCUAUUGUAUGAAACGUAAAAAUGAUUGAAAUAUUGAGGCGAGUAUUUUAUAUCUUAUGUUUAACAGUUUUCAUGCUUUUUUCAUGUACUUAUAGUGUAUAUUUGUAAUUGGAAGUUUGUAGACAGGUUUAUGUAAUACUGUGAUUAAAACAUGUUUGAUUUGCAAAAUUGAUUUUCCAAACCCCUCUUUAAGUUCAUGCCAUUUUUGUGUGAUACAAUUUGGCAACUGUUCUAGAAUUGCAGCACUUGAGCAUUUUGAGCUAAAGUCUUAAGUAUUAGUUUAGACAAAGCUCAGACAUACAAAUGAGCCAAACUAAGGUAUGGCACUUGUCUGUUACUGUUAGUUAUAUGCACAUAGCCCUUUAAAGCACAUUGGUCGUCUAGGAAAGUUUGAGCAAAAAAAAAUCUGAAGAUGGAAAUAAUGUUAAAUUACUAAAACCAAACGAUAAAUCUAGUUUGCUGCUCAGCUUUACAAAGUUUGCUCAGAAUAUUGUUGGAUUUGCAUAUAUGUUCUGUUGAUUCUGCAAAAAGUCAAUGAAGCGGUUGAAGUGAAUAUCUAACUUUACUUCUAAAGUGAGGCUCAUAGAUUGUGACCUCCAAAUGGUCCUUGCUCUGGUUUGUGGAAAUGAUUUUGCAAAUUGAACAAUGUGUCUAUGUUUUAGAUGUAUAUUAUAUCUUUCUUGGUCUGUGAUUGUGUUGAUGUUUAUUUGUUUUGGAGAAUAGCUUAGUAUGUGGGUGUUUUAUUAAUAAAUUGGCUUGUUUUUUAUUUUGCUGAAAAUCUUAAACUACCAAUUAGUGUCAUUAACUAUGAGCCUUAUUUGGUCAUUUACGUAAUUUAUUGUUGUGUCAUAAUUGGAAUUUAUAUGAAAAAGCUUUAUUAUUUUUCAAAUGAAAAGCGGAAAAAAAUUGAUAUCACGAUAUUACACGUGUUUCAUUAUAUGUGAAGAUGUCAGUCAAAAAGCAUUAAUUGUUUUUUGCAUAAGUUUGAUGUUUUUAUCAAUUGUCUAGUCUCCUAAAUUCAUAUAAAAAAACACUAAACUAAUUAAAAAAAGAUGUUAUUGUGUUUGUAUUAUCACGCUUUGCCACUUUAAUAUUGGGGAGUUCAUCGAUAUGUUGUUUGUAGAUGUUGUAUUGAUAUGUUGUACCGUGCAGGAGUCAGUCUUGUUAAACUGUGUACAACAAAUUUUAGUAAUGAUAACAUUUACUGUGAAAUUUAAAUCUGUGUAAUUUUCCCAGUUGUUAAAAAUCCUCAGUAAUUAAGCCUGCAUUGGCUAGGUGGGUAUACACAGGGGCUUAUUUGAGCAAAAAUAUCAUGUUUGAGUGAAAUGCAAUUCAUCUAAAAUUAACAUCUUAGUAAGAAUUGCUACAAAAAUUGAAAAUACAUGUUUUUAAGUUGAAAAGACUAACUGUAAAACAUAAUAAAAAGAACAAGGAUUUUUAAUCCAGAAAAUUAUUACUUUCUGCUGUUGACCAUAAACUCUUAGAGACUUUAUACACACAGUGCUUUAUCCCUUUACUGAACACUUACAUAUUAAAUCAGAAUAACUGUAUGUCUUGUGUAUACAAGUUGAGUGAAUUUUUUUUCCAUUUAUAUUCAACCAAACUAUGCAGAAUGUAUGCAUACCAUUUUUAUAGUUAAACACAUUCAUGUUCACGCAUAUGUGGAAUGUUUUUUAUAAGAAUGUUGUAUGCAAGUAAUAUAAAUAUUAAACACCAGAACAUCUUGACUGUAUCAUAAGGUAAAGAUUGUAAUGUUUUGUGCCAGUUAAAAACAUCUGCAUUAAAACUAAUUAGUUUUUUAUUGAGUCUAAAAAAGUCUUUACCAAUACUAUUUUAAUACCUUAUUAUAAUGUUUAACUAUUAGUCCAGAAGACUUUUAACAGAAGAAUAUGAUACAGUUUUAACCAAAUGAAUAAUACAUUAUAUAUGUUUUUUGCCUGAUUGAAGCAUCCUUCAUCUAUCAAAUUAACGCAUAUUUUUAAGACAUUCAUCAGUACAAAAGAACAAGGUUAAGUAGUUACUGAAUUGCAUUGGAUAGCGUAUUAGUACUUUGUCAAUGUCGUGUUUAAUAACUUGUAUUGAUUGCUAAUUGUUGUUUACUUAUACACAUGUUUUUUGGAACUUUUCGGGGGACGAUCAUAUUUUAGAAGCCUACCAUUAUAUGUUACCCAGUGUAGAGCUUAAUACAGAUAACUAUAGUGAAACCAAUCCUUGUGAAACGUGUUACAAAUGUCCCUGAAAAGAAGAGAACAGAAGAUGCAUAUUUAAUAGCUUGUACUAAUUUUCUUUGAAUGACAGUCCCAAGCAGAAAAUUAUUAUAUUAAGCAUUUUAUCGAAACCAAAAUGAACCAUAAUUCACUUCUGUUACCUGAAGUGUAGUUUCCCAUUUUAAUGGAUUGUUAUCGUAAUUAAGGGACACGGGAUGGGACCCAGUUAGUUUGGUUUUGCUGUAGUUAGUGAUCGUCAUUUUGAUAGAAUACCAAGAGAUAGUUUGGUAUCUAUCAGCUUUUUUAAUGAAAUAAGCUAUAUAUUAGUACGUAGAGCUACGUAAUUUAUGUAGCUAUUAUGCCAAAUUAUGUUUAUAGCUUGUUCAUUCUAACUUUGUGUUUGUCGUUUAAGGUAUUAGGUGUAUAGAAGAUGUUAUUCUCUCAAAUGAACAAUAUAUAUAUAAAUUUAACAGUCUGGUUAUAUAUUGAUGAUAAUUAUAUUGAAAAUGUUAUGGAAAUUUUUACUGGAAAUACUGAGUUCAUAAGGAGAGAAAUUUUAUUUGAAAUUCCAUUGCGCAGACAGAAACAUACUGUUAGUUGUACAGUUUAUUUACUCUUAAGUGCAGAUAUAAGGUCAAUAAAUUAACAUAAAAAAUAUUGGAAACAUAAACAAUCUAAUAUGUACAAUAGUUUCUUGCAUUACUGCAAGAAUUAUAACAUCACAAUAAACAUUCACAAUUAUAGAUGUAUUCAGUUUUUGUAAUGAUUUUUGUAUGUGGUGUUUGUUCAUCCAUGUAUUUAGUACAUAAUGUACAUAUAUGUAAGGCUAGAGGAAUUUCCUGAAAGAGUAGAAGUUGCUGUCUGGUUUGGCACAGGGGCUGGCUAUUGCACAAGAUUAACAAAAAUGGUCACAGCAUUGAUGGUGAUCCCAGCAUUGAUCCUUUUAUAUAUAUGGUUGAUUUUCUGUUUUAACAGUAAUGGAAAAGAACAAUACUUUUUCGUUAAAUGAUAAGUUAGACUUACAGAUAAGAGAAGUGUUGGAAAUCCUGUACGUAUUAUUUUUUAAGCUACUUUCUCUUCUAAUUAAAUGAUAAAUUAGACUUACAGAUAAGAGGAUUGUUUGAAACCCUGUACGUAUUAUUUCUAUCAGCUGGGAGAAAUUUCAUUUGUGCAUUAGCCAAACCCAAGGAUGGCUGAAUAAUUAUUUGUAACAAUCCUUUGCUAUACUUAAGAGUUAAAGAGUUCAGAUAAGGCGGCAAGCUUAAUUGAUUAGGAGUUGAACCAUGUUUACAUGAGUUUGAACUGUUCUAGACGUAUUUUUGGAAUUCUGUAGAAAGUACAGGUACAGUUGUCAUUCAAAAAGUCAAUUUUGCUGCUUGACAAGUUUGUGCUUUUAAAAUAUGUUAUUUAAAAAUGUUUUAUUCAUUUUACAAAUUAAAUAAGUAAAUUGUAAAAUUCCAGAAAAAACAAAAUCAAUCCAAACAAAAGAUUGUGAGCAGCUGUUUUUUUUCACUGCGAAGCUAUUUUUGCAGCCUUUCAACAAUUUGCUUAAGCAUUUUAAGUUUCUUAUUUAAUUAUAUGGCAUAAAGAUAAUUUCUUAAUUUAAUCUUGCAGACAUUAACUUGCAGACAAUUUUGUAUAAAAAAACAUAGUCUGUUCUAAUGUACGAAAUGCCAUGAAAUCUAGACUAGCUAGAUUUUUUUGUCACCAGGUUAUGUAAAAGAUUAUUUAAUGUUACCUGUUAACAGUGAUGAUAUUGUUCCAUUCUUUGCUCGGUGAGGUAAAUCUACAAUAUAAUGCGCUGUAUUCUCAUGUAAGCCGUGUCAUCACGUAAAAAUGGGUUAAAUGCCAAAUAUGGCUAGGGUAGCUCCUUCCCAGACUGUGCGGAUGUGCAGCCUGGUCUGGAGCAACGUUUGCCGCAUGUGGCAUGAGACCUAUUUUUGCAUGACAUGGGUCAUAUAAUGUAGUUUCACGUGACACUUUGGCAGUACAGUAUGUAAAUGAACAAAACUUUCUAAGACUUAAAAUAAGUGUAAACUGAACAUAUACAUUUGCACACUUUUGCCUAAAGAUGAAAAACAAAAAAAUCUGGUAAGUCAAUGUACAUUGACGAAAAGAAUCAAUUGUACAAGAGCAUGAUAUACAUUUACUGAACCUUACUAUUCCACGAGGUCACUUUGCCAUCUAACAAUAGCUUCAUUAAAAGUGUUACAUCUACAAUAUAUGGUGGUUUUCUUAUUUUAACUAUGUAUGUUUUAACCUCUGUUGUUUUAAGAUUGUGAACUACGAACAAUAUGUCAGUGUUAAAGACAAAACCUCUGUUUAUAUUACUACAUGUAAAACAAUGGUAACUGAAACUGUAUGUCAAUUAACCAGUUGAAUACUCUAUUGUCAAGAUGGCAAAUAAAAGGAAAAAAAUGUCA